AUGCUGCCCCUUCCCGCCAUCCGCCCCCUCAGACCGCCCACGAGGGCGCGGGGGGUUCGCCUAGGGCAUGUUAUGCGCCCUAGGACGCCUCCCAAGGCUUUUCUAGCCGCUACGCCCCCACCUGCUUGCUUGACGCGUGCAGGUGGGGUAGUACAUCAUACCCUCCCAGCCCUCCCACCCCCACCCCUCGCUCGCAUAGAAUCGCCUUUGUGGCGAUUUUACGCACCGCUGGCGACGCGUAUUGCGCUGCCGAGGCUCGCUCUCGGUGCGCUGCAUCGGAGCGCAGCUGCGAUCGGCUAGGCCGACCGCGCGGGGCGGCUGCCAGCGGCGUUGCCCCCUCGACGCGUUAGAUGAUCAUGCGCUGCC